AUGGCGGCAGAGGUUGAGAAGUUACAUUCGGAGGAAUGUACUGUUAAGGCAGACAAGCAGGAUAAUUGUGGCAAAUGCAAGUGUGAUUAUUCCUGCAUCGGGAAUAUCUUCUUUCGCAAGCGCAAGAAACGCAUGGACAAAAUCAAAAAGCAGGCUUAUCCUUAUGGUAUCAGCAAGUACGUUGUUAUGUGCUUGGGAUGUCUUUCGAUUUGUUUAACGUCCAGUUUGUACUACAACUGGACUAUCUUCGAGGACAUGUUCAUGAGAGAUGGCGCCUUGGUAGGGUUGUGUACUGAAGAGGAGCGGCGGGAAGCAAAGCCCAACGCUUUUGUUUGUGAUGCUCAGCGUCGUCAGAUUUCGAACUUGUACUCUGCUAUCAUGUACACUGAUUCUUUUGUGGGUUCAAUUGGAGGCUACAUAGGCGAUCGUUUCGGUGCGUACUACGCACUUCUCAUAGGUCAGGUUUUUGGUGUCAUAGCUUUCGUGAUGUUUUAUCUGUUCACCCAGAAUACAGUAAUGCUGUAUGCAACCUUUAUGUUUUGGGGCGUGUCGGCUUCUUUCGCUUUGGCUCCGACGUGGCACUAUUCCCGUAUGUUCACGUUCGGCAAUAACAUGGCUGUGAGUGUCAUCACCUCCGCCGAUAACAUGAGUAUGUUUACUCCGACAUUUCUGCAGAAGAUUGCAAUGCGCUACAACAUCGGUUUUAGUGGUGCUUCUCUGACCUACAUUUUCUGGGCCAUUUUCGUAUGCAUCGCCGUCACACUAUACUUUAUUCCCAAAAAAUUUAUUGUUAUGGAUGAAGAUGAGGAGGAGGAAAGUGAAGACGCCUACGAACUUACCAAUAUGUUCAAUGCAGGCAUGAUGAAGGCUGUGACCAACGUUCGUUACUGGUUAUCGGUUACCUGUUAUGUCCUUCUUUGUUCUGUACGUCUCUUCUAUCGCCGUUCCUUCACGCUGCUCUUCUUCGACAACGAGGAAGUGACUGAGUUCUUGGAAGUGAGCUCUGAUUUCUCAUUCGCCGGUAGUUUCGUCUUGGGUUAUAUGAACGAGUUUUUCGGUGUUGUUCCUAUGAUGGGCGUCACGACCUUGAUGUACAUCGGCGCGCUGAUUGCCGUCUAUUUCCGCAACUUUCCGUGUGCAUAUACUUCGGCACUGCUCUUCGCGAUUGCUCAGGCAGGUGACAUUCAACAAUUGAUUACCUUCAUCGACGAGUAUUUCCCAGACCACGAAUCAACACUAAUGGGUAUAGCGAACAUAGUGAAUACAAUUUUUGGUUUGCUUCUGCAAUUCACUUUCAAUCAUGUCUUCGAUUGGUUAGGACCUCGUAUCACGGUUUUUGUUAUGAUUCUGAUUUUGGGCGGUGUCCUGGUUAUCUGCUACAUCAUUGAGCUGGGCAUGAGUAAGGAAAACGAAGAUGAUGACGGUAAAGGUGAUGACGGGGAGGAGGACGCAAAAAAGGAUAAGUCGAAAGAACCUGAAGCUGACGAUGAAGAAACAGCGUAUAAUCCAUUUGGGCCUGACCUAUUGCUUUAUAAUAUCUUCGGAGCUUUUUUGAGUUUCCCAUAUUUUGUGUCCCUCUGUACCGCUGUUGGGAUUAAUAACUUCAAUCAGGAAGACGAUAACACUGAAUCAGGCGAAGAGCAGGACAGGACAGUACGUAAUUUGGAGAAAGACCAGUUUUUCAUGUCCAUGGACAGGAUUGUGGAACUCUGUUCGGCGGUUUUCUACACCUCGUUGAUUGUGCUGUUAGGUUGCAUAUUUGAAUUUUCUAGGCGCACUGCCUUGAUGCAAACCCACAAUUGUAUUCUAUUGUUGAUGUCUAUCCUUAUCGGCUCUGCUGCUGGGACGUCGCUGCUCUUGCCGUAUACGCAGUUCUUCAAAGUAAUGCCUCCGAUUAUUGUAGUGGCCCUAACCGCUCUCCCGCCAUUGUCCUUGGUUAUUUUCGGAUGGAUAGACCGACGCGAUCCAUUUAGCUUCACCAUAAUGUGCACAUUGGUUGGAGUUUACGGCUUUGUUUUGUUUAUGGCUGGCGACAUUAUGCUCUACAUGAAUGCACUGAUGGGGGCCCGAUUCGGUACGAUGGCUCAUAGUUUGAUGGGAUGGAGUAAUUUGGGCCUGGGCUAUUUCUACACAUUAUUAAUUGUUUACACAAUCAGGGAGUUAUAUAAGGGCGAUUGCAACAUUGGGGGUUACAUGAUUGUCAUGGGUAUGCAAUGUGCCAUAUCUGUGUUUGCAACAUUAGUGCUCUAUCUGCACCUGAGCCAUGAGAAGCAGUAUUACUAUGGAAAAUGUAAAAAAAGUGAGAUAUGCAACAAGCCGUCUGAGACUGUUGAAUCGCAAAACUGUACACAUGACGAUGGCAAAUCAGAACAUCUGGAUUAUUUCAACCAUAGAGUCUUAGAGGAUAAAUGUAAAAUGCGUGUCUUAACUUUCAGAUCGCACUUCUCGAAAGACUUCGAAAAAAUUCGUAACACUGAUUACGGUCUUUGGAAUAUAGAGUAUUCGACGGCAGGCAUUCUCAAGCCGGAUCCAUAUUUGCUGUUGUUAGCAGCGUCGGUACUAAUCAGCCUUUCGGAUGCAUCCAUGGCGUUUUUGGUACCUGGGUUAUUUGUGGAGAUGACUCUGAUGACGAUAUCCGCCUAUUUUACGGUUAGACUAUUGUUUGCUUUCCUCUAUGACCAGAUCGAGAAAGCUGUUGGCGAGCAUACUGACGCUAUAGGAUGCGCAAGGGGGCAUAGGAGCAGUAACUUAUGUGCAGACUAUGUAAGAGUUCCUGUUUGA